AUGUGGUGUAACAAAGGGCAAGCAAAUGCCUGUAGCCUGAUUGAGCGGAGAAGAGCAGCGAGAAGCAAGCAUGGCACAACUAGCCACGGCGGCGGCGGCACCAGCACCGGCACCGGCACCGGCACCGGCACCGGGUCCAAGCCCAAGGAGAACAAUACUCGAAGUCGAAGCCUUCGUGGCAGCAGCAACCACCCUGUUGGUUUUGCAGCUCAUCUUUGGGUUCUGCAGGCGGCGGUCAAGCAGCAUGUGGAUCCAAGGAUCUGUGUGGCUGGCUUACACACUCACCUUCCCCCUUGUCACCUACACAUUCGGCCUGUGCAGUCGUCUUCGGCGAAGAGCCAGCUGUACCCCGCCUGGGCCAUCGCCUUGUCCCUAGCUUCCGGGUGCACCAACUCCGUCACUGCCUAUGAUCUUGACGAGACCAAGCAGUGGAAGAAGCAACUCUUUGAGCUGGGUCAGCAGUCCGUCUACUCUGACCUCAUCUUUCUGCUGCUCCGUCCUAGCCGCAUUUCUGUCCUCAAUGAUCCUAUUUACCAGUAUUGCCUCAUCCUUAUCUCCGUCAUCAUAUACAAUAAUCUGUUCAGAGUCGUCGCCUGCUGGAUGGCUACCUCCUCUGAUCCCAGCAAAGUAGUCGCCGACUACAUGAGGGACCUGCAUGUUGAUUCGGGAGGCUCUCGGUCUGAGUCUCAGCUGCUGCAGGGGUCCAGGACCAGGUCCGAGUCUGAGUCUGACCCUAUCAGGAUGGAAGGCGGCAGGUACCUUGUUCGGUGGUAUGGCUACUUCCUCAACACUUACGGUGCCACAGGCCAUGGUUACAGAACUAAGCUAUCUGAGGAGGAUAUCAUCACCGUCGACAUGAUCUGGGAGAAGUGCAGUGAUAUGCUGCCCUUCGAUCCAAGCGGCGGCUCGCAGUCGAAAGAUGUGUGCCUCUCAUUUGCCUUGUUUCACCUGCUCAAGCGUCGGUACUUUGGGAUCAGCUGCUAUGAGGCCGGUCUCCAGAAGACGCGCGACUUCGUACUCAAUGGGCUCCUGGCGUCAGAGGAUGGCAAGAGAGCAUUCAGGAUCAUUGAGGUAGAGCUGGCCUUCAUGCACGAUUUCUUCUUCACCAAGUAUGCAUGUGUCUUCGAGAACGAGAUUGUCUUCUUCGUUCAGUUCAUCAUGAAGGCCAUACUAAUCCCCAUCCUUGGAGUAUUUGUGCACCAGAACUUCUUAAGUCUCAAGACACAGAGCAAGAUCAUACCAGUGGGGACCACAAAAGCUGAUACCAUUAUCACAUUUGCCAGUCUGGGGGCACUACUCAUUGUGGAGGUAUUGCAAGCCAUGCUGUAUUUGGCAUCAGACUGGUCCUUGGUAUCAAUGGCAUGCUACCAUGUGAGAAAAAGAACAAGCCAAGCUAUGUGCUCCCUUCUCCGUAAGCCGAUAUGUAUGCUUAUAAAGCGAAGUUUAUUCAAGUGUUGGCAAGACAAGAUAGGCCAGUACUCAGUAAUUGAAGGCAGCCGUAGGCAUAAACCUUCCCCGCCACAAGGGGCGCUACUCAAAGUAGAUGUGCUUCUCUUCUUCAUUGUUGCCAAGAUUUAUAGGCUACUCACUGAAAUUCCAAGGAAGAUUUGGACAUGCCAGUACUGCCGUAGCAUUGUGCAGGAUGUGAAGCUGCCUGAUACCGUGAAGCGUGAGAUUGCUUCAUCCCUCAAGUCCAUUGCCGCCACUGGUCAUCUAACAAACGGAGAAGCAUCGUUGCGGCGGAAUGAACUGUUCAUCAUCCCAUUCAAGGAGACACUGAGAAGGGAUGACUGGGACCUAACAGACACCAUGCUGAUAUGGCACAUCGCGACCAACUACUGUGAAACUGGGCUAACUCCUGCAGCGGAGAUCUCUAGCCAUGGUACACUCAGGCACUACCGCGAGGUUGCCACCACCUUAUCCAGGUACUCUGCAUACCUCAUGGCCUCUGUCCCGGAACUGCUCCCUGGUAACCCUACAGAUACGAGCUUCACAUUUGACAAGGUGAUGCAAGAAGCAACAGUGGUUCUGUACCAAGGGCAGGAGGAGGAUAUUCGCAAGCGUACAAUAGCAAACAGAGACAUGCUGACAGAGGCUCUCAACCGCUCAAGACCAUCAGACCAGGAGGAUCACAAUGACACUAUAUUCUUCAGAGGACUGAAGCUUGGGAAGGAGCUGGAGGACCACAUAGAUAACGAGGAGAUCCGUUGGAAGGUGCUAGCCGAGUUCUGGGCAGAGAUUAUCCUCUACGUUGCACCAUCUGACAAUGUAAGAGGGCACGUCCAGCGGCUCGCUAAUGGUGGAGAGUUCAUAACCCACAUCUGGGCGCUUCUCUCUCAUGCAGGCAUCCUGACCCGCCAUCUCAGGCAACAGGAGUCAUCCCAGCGAUUCACUAGUUAA